UUUCACAACAAUCUUUUGUUUACGUGAAAAUUAUUUAUACAAAACUCAAAACUGAUACUUUUCAUUGGAAAAAACAUAUAUUGGAGAAUAUAACAACAAAUAUAAAAUAGACAAUUUAUUUAUUUCCCAACGCCCAAUAUGGAAUUGUGUAUGAAAAAGAAUCGUUUAAAUGACUAUGAGAAGAGACGUUUCGUUGAUAUUAUUAGGAAAUAUCCAAUAAUUUGGAAUAAAAAACAUCCAAAUAGAUUUCGAAACGAUUUAAAGUUGGCUUGGCAAAAUGUUGCCAAAGAAAUGAAUGAAAAUGAGGAAGUAUGCCGACUUGGUUGGAAAAGCAUUUGCGAUAGUCAUCGCUAUUUGAAAAGGAAAUAUGGUCGUAAAGUUGAAAAUGGUACAACGGAACAAGGUUAUUCCACUGAUGAUUGUACCAGUCCAAAAACGAAAUAUAAUGAUGAUAUGGAUUUUAUGAUAGAUCCGUCUGGUUCCAGCGAUUACAAUGAUGAUAACAAACUAUUACUUGAAGACAAUCUAUCGGCGGCAAUGGAAGAUGUGUCAUCAUAUCAAAGUAAUAGCUCCUUUAAAAGAGCUGAAAGUAGCCAAGAAAGUGUGCCGUCUUCCCAUCAAAGCAACAGCUAUUUGAGAAAAGCAGAAAGUAGUCAAGAUGGGAUACCCUCUAUUUAUCAAGGCAAUAGCUCAUUUAAAGGAGUUGAAAAUAGCCAGCAUGGAACGCCCUCUAUAUAUCAAAGUAUUAGCACUUUUAAUGGACUUGAAAGUGGACACCUUCGGAUGCAAUCUAUAUAUCCAAAUAAUAACUCAAUUAAAAGAGGUGCCAGUAGUCUGGAUGCAACACCAUCGACAUAUCAAAGUAAUCACACCUUUAAAAGAGCUGCAAGUAGUCAGGAUGCAACAUCGUCCAUAUAUCAAAGUAAUAACUCCUUCAAAAUAACUGCAAGUAGCCGGGAUGGAACGCCGCCUAUAUAUCAAACUAAUAACUAUCUUAAAAGAGUUGAAGCUAGCCAUGAUGGUGGGUCGCCGUUUUCCCAACAAAGUUCUGGUUUCUUUGACAAAGUUGAAAGCAGCCAAGAUGAAACGCCGCCCACCCACGAUGUUGUGGAUGUUAUGGAAUUUAAACAAGAAAAUCUAGACGAUGACACUCCAAUCAUUUCCAACGUUACGGAAACGUCACAGAAAGGAGAACUAAUGGAGGAUGCAGAAUUACAUAACCUUGGGGGAUCAACCACAAAGAUCUUGACCAAUAAACUCUUGACACAUUCCGAUAAAUCUUAUAAUCAUACAAGAGAAGAAUAUCAUUUUGAUAAAUCCAAUAACCAAAUAAGAGCAGAGGACGAUCCCAAACCACACUUUAAUGCAAAUUCACACUUUUUAAAUCAUUUAGAUUCCAUAUUGAACAAACUGCCGCUACACAUUUCGGAAAACUUACAAGGCAAAAUAAUGGGAAUGGCCUAUGCUGAAUUGGCCAAGCAUAGGUCAAAGGCAACAAAUAACAAAUGCGAUAGUUAUGUUAAGGUAAAAGAAAAUGUGCAUAUCUUAAGAAAACAUUCAAGGACAAAUGAUUCAAAUAGCAGUCUUGAUUUUGGAUUUCAAUGACAUUUAAAAUUAAUAAUUUUUAUUUGGCAAUAAUUUGUGUUUUCUUUUAAUACUUUAUUUGUGUUGCAUUUGGUGUACAUUGUCUUCUUUUUUUAUUAAUGUAAUCAAAUACGAAUUUUGUUUUACUGUUUUAUAAAAUUAAUAAAAUCAAUAUUACUUAGUAAAUAUUUAUGGACAAAAAAUUAAUUACUAAUUAUGAGACGAUUUGAAAGAAUAAAGAAGAAUUUUUUUUCAGUAUUGAUUGCGA